UGUGGGUAGGUGGAUGGCAGGGUGAAUGGUUGUGUGGGUAGGUGGGAGGAUGGAUAAGUGGAUGGGGUUCCUGGGUGCGUAGAUGAUAAUGAGCGAGUGAGUGAAUGGGUGGAUGAAUGGAUGGAUCAUUGGGAGACGGUGGCUGGAUGGAUGGGUGGGUAAGUGGAUUCGUGGAUGAGUGGUUGAGUGAUAUAGAGGAUCAGCAACGGGGACAGAACAAGAAAUAACGGGUUCAAGCUUGAAAAAUUUAGAAAGAGAUAGGAAGAAAUUGGUUCUCAAAUAGAGUGGUAGAUGAGUGGAACAGACUCAGUAAUCAUGUUGUUAGUGCUAAGACAUUAGGGAGCUUUAAAAGAAGAUUAGACGUGUUUAUGGAUGGCGAUGAUAGGUGGAAACAGGGUAGGUAUAUUUCAUACAGGGACUGCCACAUGUAAGUCUGGUCGCUUCUUGCAGCUUCCCUUAUUUCUUAUGUUCUUAUGUUGCGAGAACCCAACAAAUCAUUAUGGCCUUUGAAAGUAGCCGUGAGAGGCCCACCAUCAUCUCUUACACCUGUCAGCUUCAUCCACAAAUUCAUCUAAUCUACUAAAGCUUCGAACUGACUCAGCACUAACCAACAUAAGGCUACUCUGCUCAUCUGCACACAAAAGAACUCGACAGAUCAUAUGCCCUUUGAGAGUAUCCAUGAGUCUUACAUCAACUCCCACCGUCCCUCACUGGUCUCCUCCCUGCUUCCCUCCUCUCAUCCCUCCCUGCGUCCUUCCCUUCCUGCUUCUCUCCUUCCAUCCCUCCCUGCGGCCCUCCCUCCCUAUCUCCCUCCCGCGCUGGGCUGGUUGCGGUUAGGUGCUUCCUUCUCUCUCUCCAGCCGCCAGUGUGGUUCACGUCGCGAUGGGAUGAGGAGACCGGCACUCGCGCCUCCACCCUUCCGUGAUUUGGCGUGUAAUUAUUCUCAGUGGGAGAGCCACAGCAUCGUCUCCGGCAUGCGGUGCGCCACGGACAAGGCAUCUCGGGUGGCCCUCACCCUCCUGCUGGUGUUGUUCAUGGUGUACCUGGUGAGGAACGGCAGCGAGGACCCCGCCGCUAAGACACUCCAGCUCAACCUCGCAGAAGAAAAACCCGCGGUUCAAGAUAAUAACGAUGACUUGGAGAGCCCGGAUACCACCGCCCGCCCCUCCCGCCCCACGCCCAUGGCUGGUCUGAGGCCCUACACGGUCAUAAAGAACAAAGUGUACUAUCUUGACGUCACUCCCCCACCCACUGCCAACGGGGAAGCAAUGCUCGAACACUCUGAAGCCAAAGCCCUGAAGCAUCUCAACUACUCAAAGUAUAAUCCUGAGGAGCGGCAAUACCUACAGGGCCACGUGGAUGUAAUGGUGGAGAGGGCGAAGCAAGUGAAGCACGCCUGUGUCAACCCGCCCCCUUCCCGCCACCGCAUACCUAACUUCGUGUGGGACACCAACCACAACGUCAUCUGGUGCCCCAACUACAAGGAUCAGCUUCUGCCGGUACAGUUUUGGCCAGUUACCAUUUUCUGUUUUUCGUUGCCAUUGGGGACAAGUUACUAGAAGGAAAUGCAUUUUUCUCCGUGUCUCUAAUAUCAUCUCCCUAUACCAACACUGAAGGCGGUAAGGAAAUAUGAAAAAUGUAUAAGUGACAACCUUGUACUAGUAAAAAAAAAAGAAAAAUUGUACUAGUAUAAAAUGUAUUAGUAAAAAAAUGUACAUCUGACCACACUGUAUUAAUAAAACAAUUAAAACUUGCCAAACUGUACUGCAAAAAAGUACAGUUGACCUCACUGUGCUACUAAAAAAUGUACAACUGAUCUGACUGUAUUACUAAAAAUAUGUACAACUGACCUCUUUGUACUACUAAAGAUAUGUACAACUGACCACACUGUACUAAGAAAACAGCUAAAAAUUGACCACACAUUGUUAAUAAAAACUGUACAACUGACCACACUGUACCACUAUAAAAUUACAAAAUUGUACAACUGAUCACACUGUACCACUAUAAAAUUACAAAACUGUACAACUGAUCACACUGUACCACUAAAAAAUUACAAAAUUGUACAACUGACCCCACUGUACUACUUAAAAAUGUACAACUGACCCCCACUGUACUACUUAAAACUGUACAACUGACCCCCAACUGUACUACUUAAAAUUGUACAACUGACCCCCACUGUACUACUUAAAACUGUACAACUGACCCCACUGUACUACUUAAAACUGUACAACUGUCCCCCACUGUACUACUUAAAAAUGUACAACUGUCCCCCACUGUACUACUUAA